CUCAUCCAACGGAACGGACCGACCCACAAAGGGUAGCAGUUGAAGUUGAAACUUUUUUCCAAAUGGAAUUUUCCCAGCGAGGGAUACGCUUACGCUUGAAGUAAGCAGAUCAAUGGAAGGGCGCACCUGAAUUCUCCGAUUAUUUUCACUCCACCUCUUCCCAAACGGCCGAUUCCGGACCAGUUUGAAAUACUUGUUCCUAGUAAUCGUUUUCAGAGCCUUUCGAUUUCGUUGGAGACGAAGUGGUUAAUUUCGUCGCUGUCUGCUCUUUUUGACGGAAAGUAGCUGUUUUCCUUAAUGAAGUGAGGAGAGCUACCUGAUGGCAGACCUGGGAUACUGCUGGCACAUGAGCAAACUUGUAACACUAGGAGUCUUGGUUUCUGGAGGGAUUGUAUUGCAGUUUUUGGCAUGUGUUUUGUACARUAACUGGUGGCCAUUGCUUAGUGUGAUUAUGUACAUUCUUCUCCCAAUGCCUUUGCUGUUUUUCGCUGGCUCCGAUACUUCCUCACUAUCUUCUGAAUCUGGAGACAGCUGGGUGAAUGCGACUAAAUUUUUAACUGGAGCUUCAACGGUUGGAAGCAUUGCAAUACCUGUAAUUUUGAAGCAUGCUAAUAUUAUCGGCUGGGGAGCACUUGCACUGGAUCUCUCGUCCCUUUUAGUCUUUGUGGUGGCCAUUUUGUGUUAUCUAUGGAUGAGUAAUGAAGAUGACUACAAUACACUCUGAGACGUAUAUCCCUCGAAGUACCCAUGUAGAAGAAACCGUUUUUAAAACCCUCAGACACUUCCAUAAUCAGUUCUACGUACACCAAUGUGUUUGAAGUGUGAACUACUUCAACAAGUCAACGUGAUCCAACAUUCAAUGUUCGUCAAUGUCUAUAAUCAUCGUCAAGUAUUCUUAUUGCCUCCAUCUCUGCUAGAAUUAAAAUCAUACAGUUCUAAUUACCUCCCUUCUGAAUUUAAAUUUUCCUUCUGCUUUUGUGUAGAUCCAACUUUUUGUCUAUUCAAUAGGAUAUGUAUGUAAUGCGAAAGAGGGUGGAUAGAGACAUGUCGAAUGUAUUACUAUUGGAUGCAAGUUCAAAUUUGUAUGCUCUUAAUAACCAUUCAAUAGAAGUAUGAAAUUCAGUUUAUAGA